AUGUCGCAGAAAGCGCUGGAUGAAAACGUAAUGUCACCCCUUAUGCCUGGUGCCACCGCGCCAGCUGCCGCUUCUGGCUCUGCUGCGUCCUCGUCAUCUUUAUUACCCUCAUCAUCAACGACAUCGCCACCGUUUUCAUCUGCGGCACCAGAGGCUCCAGAAUCCGGCGGCGUCGAGGAGCUUGUGUUCGACUUUGGUGUGUACAGAGGCGGUGUCGACCCACACACUGGGCGCCGUAACGGGUAUGGCGAGCUGCGCUACAACAGCGGAAACAUCUACCGUGGCGCGUGGCUGGACGGUGCGCCGCACGGCUACGGCGAGAAAAUAUACACCAACGGUGAUAUUUACCGCGGUGAGUGGCGCUGCGGCAAGCGCUGUGGCAGCGGUGGUUACCUCUACGCCGCUGGCCACUUCUUCGAAGGGAAGUAUUUCGACGACCAGCCGCACGGCUACGGGGUGCUGCACACGGUGGAGGGUGACUGCUACACCGGUCAGUGGCGUAGCGGUCUGAAACACGGCAAGGGCCGCGAGACGCUGCGUGACGGGCAGGUCUUCACUGGCACGUGGUGUGACGGGAAAAAGGAGGGGCGCGGCACACUCCGCCUGCCGGGUGCCGCACAUCCCAUUCGUGGUUUCUGGCGCGAGGGGCAUUUCGUCGGCACCGAAGUGCCGCCACCGCUGCAAGGAGAAAAGGCCCCCAGUGCCAAUCUUGCAGGAGCGGUGGACUCCACAGAAGGUGUGGUAACUGUACCACAACCAAGAGAGGCGGAUGCCGAAGGAAGUGCGCUGGACUCGUUCGGUGUUUCGGCACUAUCCAAUGCUGUUGCUGAAAAAGCAUGGAACGGGCUGGACACGCUGGAGAUGCGGCUGGAUGCCCUGACGCGGGCGAUGGAAUCCGCUGGAAUCCACAGUGAUGGUGCUAGUGGCGAUGAUGCUGUUGAUGAUAUGCUUGUGGGCGCUGGGGGAAAAAAUGAGGCUUCUGGGGAUGGCUCGAAUCGGAAUGCCUAA